CCUGAACGCGUAGCUAUGGGCGGGUCUUCAUGGUGUCGCUUCGGUCGCUUCUUCCUCCGCCUGUUCUUCAACUCUGCAGCUGCUUCGCGGUCAGAAGACGCUCGGUGGGGGGGACACGGAGGUCUCUUAAUAUUUAAAAGCGCACUCUGGUAAAGAUGGCAGCCAUCAGGAAGAAGUUGGUGAUCGUUGGGGACGGUGCGUGCGGGAAGACCUGUCUGCUCAUCGUCUUCAGCAAGGACCAGUUCCCGGAGGUCUACGUGCCCACCGUGUUCGAGAACUACAUCGCCGACAUCGAAGUUGAUGGCAAACAGGUGGAGUUGGCGUUGUGGGACACAGCAGGUCAGGAGGACUAUGACCGACUGAGGCCUCUCUCUUACCCCGACACGGACGUCAUCCUCAUGUGCUUCUCCAUAGACAGCCCGGACAGUUUAGAGAACAUUCCCGAGAAAUGGACGCCUGAAGUGAAGCACUUUUGUCCCAACGUCCCAAUCAUUCUGGUGGGGAACAAGAAGGACCUGAGGAACGACGAGCACACGCGCAGGGAGCUGGCCAAGAUGAAACAGGAGCCCGUUAAGUCCGAGGAGGGCAGAGACAUGGCCAACCGCAUCAGUGCGUUCGGUUACCUGGAGUGUUCCGCCAAGACCAAGGACGGCGUGCGGGAGGUGUUUGAAAUGGCCACCAGAGCGGCACUGCAGGUCCGCAAGCGCAAGAAGAGGGGCGGCUGCCAGCUUCUGUGACGAGUCUGUCGGCCAAUCAGCACCCGAGGAAGGCUGCCCCCUCGCGCACAGGGCAAACCCAGAGAAAUCUUAGACCAAUGGCCUCUGUGGACUAUACUUACUUCACAGAUGCAGAUAUGCCACCGGGGAAUAUGAAAGACUGACACAGCUGUUGUAAAGCAACACAAAAUCAACCUCUUGUUUUGUUUUUUACUAUUUUCUCUGCUACUCACACACCUUUCAGUUUGUUUUGUUCUUUUCCUCCACCAGCACACCAGUCUAUUAGUGUGAAGGACCUGUCCUGCCCUUAUAUGAAUGUAUGUUUGUUUUUAUAUGUGCAUAUACUUUACAAACCUAUCACAUCUGUAUGUUUACAGAGAAGAGAAAAGAUCAAAUGCUCCCUCAAGUUUGAAAAUUUGUUUAAAUAUUAGGGAACCCCUGCUUCUCUUCAAAAUGUACGUACCACUGUCUGCUUAUACAUCAGCUUAGGUCACGAUCAACCUGUACGACGCACCACUAUUCAUUUUACUCGCGUUAUGUGUGGCGUCAUCAGAACUCCAUUUUCCUCGUCUUUCUCUUGUUGCAGUAACGACUAAAUUUCGAGCCUGUUGACUCUGCAUGCAUCCGCUGAACGCUACCUAAACAGACGCAGCCGUGAGUGUUUGUGUGGAGAGGUUUUGGACUUCACCGGGCUUUGUCUUUUCUUCCACGGCACUGGACGCACAGACACGAUACUCGGACACGAUACUCAGCCGCGCUCACGCCGGCUCCGAGUCAGACAGACUUCCCUCUCCGGCGACAUCGACGCCUUCCCCAGACGAGCCCUCUGGUCUGAGCUCUGCGCCGUUACACGAGAUCCAGUAAGCCGUCAUUGCGCGUCGCUGUGCGCCGGAUCUACAGGUGUCUGGUGUCUGCACGCAAUGGACGAACAUUGUAUCAUUCACAAUUCAGACAGGUUAUAGGUAUGUUGCGUAUAAGAGUUUCAAUAAAAUUUCCAGCUCAAAUGUUGUCUUUAGCAAUGUGAAAGUAUUUGGCUUUGCUGUGUAAUAGACCUUUUAUUUGACAUAACUUGAACUGUGAUUGAAAUAACGCGCGUGUCCGGUCUGAAACUGUCUCGAGUAGUCGUCAUUGACCAAGGGCCAGCUGAUAAAUAGAAUAUCAGAAGACAACGGGGCUCAGAGCAGCUCCGCUUCAUCAAAGUGCCGUUCACACCACAAAAAUGUAGUUGAAAAUUCUGACAACUAAGUAAAGCGCUUCAUGCAGUGCGUCUUGCAUAGUCAUGAAGGAAUGCUAUUCUAUACCAAUGCCAUAAGCUCCCCUUGUGAUCUGUUCAUCCGGUACGUUCAGAUGCACGUAGAUAAGAACGGGCUGAUCUGUUAUACUAAACCUACUUCGAGAAUUGUUGCUUGUGAUGACGCUUUACAAACAGGAGUGGGAUGUGUUGAAUGUCUGGAUGAGACCAACAUGCUAUUAAAGUAUUUUUAAAAUGCUGCAAAAA